AUGCAAACAAAUUUAUACCGUAUUUCUAAAAAUUGUAUAUUAUCACCAUAUAACAAACGAUUUGUUCCCGUUGCCUUCAAUUUAUGUCCUAGUAACCAUUUAAAAAAUCAAUUUUCAACGACGACAGCAAAAGGUUACUCAAUAAACCUUACAGAAUAUCCAUUACUAGCACCAGCACCACUCGGAACACCUCAUUAUUUAACUCAUGAACACUUGACAGCAAAAGAGAUUUAUAAUUUAUUGACUUUAGCAUUGCAGCAUAAAUACAAUGUCAAAUAUUUAAACAAAAGUUCAGGGCGUCCUUUAGAGAGUAAAACUUUAGCAAUCAUGUUUUCUAAAAGAUCUACAAGAACCAGAGUUGCUACUGAAACUGCUAUUAAUUAUCUUGGUGGACAACCAAUGUUUUUAGGAUCACAAGAUAUUCAGUUAGGAGUAAAUGAAUCAUUGAUAGAUACAACAAAAGUUGUCAGCAGUAUGGUGGAUGGUAUUAUGGCACGUGUCGGAUCUCAUAGUGAGAUUGAGACGUUAGCAAAAUACUCCACUGUACCAAUAAUUAAUGCAUUAUCGGAUAAGUACCAUCCAACUCAAAUAUUGGCUGAUUUAAUGACUAUUCAUGAAGUAUUGGGACCUCAACCAACAUCCUUAUCACCAUAUGUGGCUCAUGCAACUCAUCCAAACAAAACAUUGCCAGGUCUUAAAGUUGCAUGGGUCGGUGAUGGCAAUAAUAUACUUCAUAGUAUGUUGGUAACCUUUCCAAAAUUAGGUAUAAAUUUAUCAAUUGCAACACCAGAUAAUUACAAACCAGAUGAAAAAGUUGUAGAAAUAGCCAAAAAAGAAGCAGAAGAAACAAAAUCAGAAUUGAUAUUUACAAACGACCCAAAGAUUGCUGUUAAAGGUGCUGAUGCUAUUGUUACUGAUACUUGGAUCAGUAUGGGUCAAGAAACAGAGAAAGCACAACGUAUAAAAGAUUUUGCUGGAUAUAAAGUAACUUCACAAUUAGCAAAAGAAGGUGGAGCAAAAUCUAAUUGGAAAUUUUUGCAUUGCUUACCUAGAAAACAAGAAGAAGUGUCUGAUGAGGUGUUUUACUCUUCAAAUUCAGUUGUAUUUCAAGAAGCUGAAAAUAGAAAAUGGACAAUUCUUGCUGUAAUUGAUGCUUUACUUGUAAAGAAAAC